AGGCGACUCUGUCCCGGGCAGGCAGGUCCUUGUCGCUGCACCAUCCACCCUGCCGUGAUGGCUCUGUCGCCCCUCCUGCCGAGCUUGCUGCUGCUGCUGCUGUCGCUGGAGGUCCUCGCAGGAGCGCAGGAGUCCCGGCUGGAAACGCUCCCCAAGGGGGGGCUGACCUGCAAGUCCCGUGACCUGUGUCUGCGGACGCCACCGAUCAAGAAAUCCGACGCCCCGCUGAUCAACGUCAGUCUCUACUACGAGGCUCUGUGCUUCGGCUGCCGCUACUUCCUGGUCCGAGAGCUCUUCCCGACGUGGCUGCUGGUGAGGGAGAUCCUCAAUGUCACGCUGGUGCCCUACGGAAACGCGGAGGAGCGCAAUGUCACCGGCAAGUGGGAAUUCGUGUGCCAACACGGAGAGGAGGAGUGCAAGCUGAAUAAGGUGGAGGCAUGCCUACUAGACCAGCUUGAACCGGUCCUGGCCUUCCUGACCAUAGUCUGCAUAGAGCAGAUGGAAGACCUCGAGGCAAAUCUGCAGCCGUGCCUGGCGCUCUACGCCCCCAAGAUGCCGCUGGACGCCAUCAUGAACUGCGCAACUGGGGACCGCGGGACCGAACUCUUGCACAUCAACGCUCAGCUCACAGACGCCCUGAGGCCACCGCACACCUACGUGCCCUGGGUCACCGUCAACGGGAAACCUAUAGAGGAACAAAGCCAGCUCUUGAGCCUCGUCUGUGAGUUGUACCAGGGUGACAAGCCACAGGCUUGUCCUUUGUAGCCAACGCUCACAAGGAAGUCUGCUUCAAGUGAUGCCCCAUCGCCCGGAGGCAGCUGCUGGAGGAGGGGUGACAGCCCAGUGGCCCCUCUUUUUCUAAUCACCACCCUUCAGCUGCUUCUGUUCACCAACGGGAAAACUUCUACGCAUCCCACAAAACCCAGCCCAAAAAUUCCAUCCCAUAGUCAUGAAUUUUACCCCAGUGACAAUGGUGCUAAAUUAAACCUAAUUUACUAAA